GCUGGGGCUGGAAGCCAGAUCUGGACAGAGGACAGCAGGGAGGAGAAGUGCGGCCAAAGGUCUGAGAUGGGGCUGGUGGUGCUGGCCCUUGCCACAUGGCUGGGGCUGGCCUCUGCCUCUGAGGGGCUGGCCAACAGCAGCCGGCUCUGCCAGGAGGCACCAGCAUGGAAUGUCAACGGCUCAAACCCCAUGGCAGGGGCAGCAGGGCAGGUGACGGUGGUGGCUCUGCUGAAGGCCAGCUGACAAUUCUGCCUGCAGCAGGCCCGCAGCCUUGGGGGUUUGCAGGAGAAGCUGGCUCGGCAGGGCACGGCUGAGGUUCGCUACAUGAUUGUCAACGAGAAGGCGCCGCUCUCCCGCGCCAUGUUCAGGGAGCUGGAGCGCCAUGCCCCGCCGGGUGUCCCUGUCUACCAGCCUGAGCCGCAGGAGCCGGACGUCUGGCAGAUCCUGGGGGGUGACAAGGAUGAUUUCCUCAUCUAUGAUCGGUGCGGCCGCCUGGCUUUCCAUAUCCAGCUGCCCUACAGCUACCUUCACUUCCCCUACGUGGAGUCAGCCAUCCGCUUCACCCACAGCAAGGACUUCUGCGGCAACUGCUCCCUCUACCCCAACACCACCCAGGAGGCUAACAGUACCAUGGAGGUCCCUGUAACCCUGAGCCCACUUCCUGAACAAGAGGAGGAGUCACAGACCCCAGUCAAUCAGCACAACCUCCUCCAUCCUCACCACCACCACAAAGUCAGCAGUGAGAGACUCGCAGACCUGAGUGGAGACCGUGAGCCUGAGACCCGUGUUCACCAUCACCAUGAAGAUCACAGCCAGCUCCAUCAUAAGGAGAAGAAGCAGGAGGGAAAUGAGCACUAAGCCAGCCAGCCAUGCUGAACCCAGUAGUGCACAGACCACGCCAACUCGCUUCGCAGAGGCAUGAAAGGACUUGCUUUGGCCUGCUGGUCUCCAGCAGUGUUGGUAUAACAACUACCUCCAGCAUCCUCCAUGAGGGUCAUACAGGAGUGUGCUGCGACCAGGGAUGAAAAGUCUCACUCAUGCCUCCUGAGGUGCUCCAUUUGCAUCCCCAGGGCUCAGUUCUGAGCCUUCUCUGCCGUUGCUGCCUUUCAGUGCUCAAUGAAGCCUGCUGUGCAAACCGGGAGGUCCCCGGUCACUGCUGGCCGACACUGCACGGAGCAGCAGAGCAGGGGUGAAGGGGCCAGAACUGGGAUGGGACAAGCACUACUGGCAUGCUCCAUCCAGGCACUCCUGGGGGUCCUGGCACUCCUGGGAGUCCUGGCUGGGGAGUGAGGGCGGGAACAGCGUGUGCCCAGCAAGAAGUGAUCCCAGGGGAUGGGGGCACUAGGAGUGGUGGGAGGUCGCAGCUCCCCGUGGUCCAUACCCUGCACUUUCCAUAGCUGUCACAUCUUGGGGACCCUCCAGGCCUUGCACACGGGUAUGUGCAGUGGUGAUGGGUGGCCGCAAGAUGGUGGCCUUGUCCCCUCUUGGAGACCUAGGGGCUUUAUCCAGGGCCCACAGACCUGGGAGGAUGGGGACGAAGAUCCUGAGGUGUCUCCUGGGGGAGAAGCAAGAUCGAAGGACGAUAUCCAGAAUGCAAAUAAAACUUCUG